GAGAAAGUUGACGAAGUAUGGCCACGCUCUCCGCUGUGCACGUUAUCGAGAUCACGGAAGGCCGAUCGUUCUGAUCUUCGGACGACGGUUCACAAAAUUCUAGGGCGUGCCGGCAGCUCCUGCCAGAGAGACCUCAAGGCAGUCACUGCAGUCGAGGUCCUUCGGAGGAUUACCGCACGCGAUGUCAUCCCCGGAUAAGCCACCACUUAACGAGGAGGAAAGCCAGAAGGACAAGAAGCACACGGCGCACGCAACGGCAUCCCCGAAUAAACCUCCAGUUAACGAGGACGAAAGCAAGAAAGACAAGAAACAGAAACAACGGUCAAGCGACGGCCGACCUGAAUUAGCAAUGGCAAACGACGGCGUGGAGCUACGCAAUCUCGAUGGUGUCGCAUCCAUUAACAUUACAAUGAAAGCAGGACCCAUGGAUGCACCUGCAAUGUCUCCUUCAAGGAACAAGAGCUCCGCGUCAGCUUGUGCAGCCGCUGCUUAUGACGGCGGCAUUGCCAUCACCGCUACUGCAAGCAGAACUGCCAUUUCCCCAGGAUCACGUCGCAGGUUUUCUUCAGCUAAAUCCGUGAGCAACAACGAUGUUAUUCGUGCAGGAGAGACCAUCAUCGGCCCUACAUAUGCCGUCAAUAUUUCCAAAAGUUAUGGCACCAUUCAUGAAGAAGGUGGUGGCCGACAUGCUGGCAGGAGCAACGACAGCAAAUCUGCCCUUCAAGUGGUAUCUACCGAAACAAUUACACGACAAAAGUGCAUCUACAACGUGGAGCAAGAGAAACCCAAACCACGUCCCGCCUCUCCGACCACGUACGUGCAAGGUGUGGUGCAAUCUGGGCCAGGAUAUUACUCCGCGAAUGCUUUGUGCCAAUCGGUCCCUGCUCGGCUGGCGCAGCAGCAGGUAUCUCCUAUUCAACAAAUCGGAGUCAGCUAUCUACCAGUGCGAACAUCCUCUGCCGUUGGCAUGGGAAGGACUCCCAGCCAAUCGCAGCAGCAAGAAAUAGCAGCCGCCCUUUCACGAUCCAACGCAGGUCAGACUGUCUCUGUAUGCUGCCGAAGUAACACUCAGCUGAACAGGAGCCCGACAAACCUUGCACAGCACGGUGUUCCGUGCCAGCAAGUUAUCCAGCCUCCACCUGUUUACCAGCGUCAGUCACUUGGAUACGUGGGGCAAGCCAAUGCAAUUUGCCAACAAGGACCUACAGGAGGACACCAGGCGUUACUUGCAACAUGCAUCCAGGCACCACAAGCUCAGGCAGUCGUCAAUCAGAAUGCACCAAUGCAGCCACAGUGUCGAACAUCACUGAAUACAGGUUUUCAGAGCCAAGGAGCCACAACUUGCCAGACGGUUACUACAUGCCAGGCGCCAUCCCAGCCUUGCGUCAUGAUCCCAAUAAAUCAGGAACAGUGCCGUCCCUCACUCACCGGAGGAUUACAAAGCCAACACGUGACAGAUUUUCGGCGUGUCACAUCAACGGGCCAGCUACCUCCACAGCAAGUUUGCACGAUGAAUGCAAUAGGGCAGGUGCCCACUGUCACAAGCUGUCAGAUGACCGUCGCGGGAUGUCCUAAGCAGUCUAUACAAGGCUUCCAAUCCCCUGCAGUUGGACAACAAGCUUGCACGAUGAACGCAACAGGGCAGGCGCCCGCUGUCACAAGUUGUCAGAUGACCGUCGCGGGAUGUCCUAAGCAGUCUAUGCAAGGCGUCCAAUCCCCUAUAGUUGGACAAGUUUGCACGACUAACGCAACAGGGCAGGCGCCCGCUGCCACAAGUUGUCAGAUGGUCGUCGCGGGAUGUCCUAAGCAGUCUAUACAAGGCUUCCAAUCCCCUACAAUUGGACAACAAGUUUGCACGACGAACGCAACAGGGCAGGCGCCCUCUGUCACAAGUUGUCAGAUGACCGUCGCUGGAUGUCCUAAGCAAUCUAUACAAGGCUCCCAAUCUCCUGCACUUGGACAACCAAUCCUCCCAGUGUCACAGCUUUCCCCUCUUUCUGUUCAGAUUGCGUCGUGCCAGCAGAGAUACGGUUAUCAACCAAUACCUUCUCAACAAAUUCCAGUAACACGUCAACAGGCAAUGUACCAACAGCAGCAGCAGCAGUACUUCCCAGAUACUGGGACGGUGUAUCAGCAGCGGACCAUCGGUUACCGCAGGUCGCUGGAGCUCACGGAGAGUCAAGACGAUAAUCGAAACUACAUGCCACAACCAACGACCACAAAUAUCGUUUUGGGUAUCGAAAUGAAAAAGAAAUCUUCAAAGCACGAAAAGAGUGAUGUGGACUCAUCGGCGGCAUCUAAGUCCAAGAGAAAUAGCGGUAGUUCUGGUAAGAAAAGCCAGUGAGUGUAACCGAGCUCUGACUGUUGGAACGAUACGGCCGAUUAAAAGGUAUCAGAGUUGA